UGCUGGUGAUCGUGUACCAAAGAGAAACUUUCGCAGCCCAAGAUGAGGACUCAGUGCCUCUCAUCCUUUUUUCAGCACAUGAGUCAGUGCAUUCUCCUGCUGCUGACAAAGGUUAUGGAGCACUUUUCUAUCGGCUGAGCUAUGGAGACCGGGAUCUCGCACUGCGAGCACCUCUGACAGCCACUGCGUCAUCCCUAAGAGGAGGCCUGUUUAUGCCUGUUAAGGGAUAAACAGCUACUAGGUCACUUAAUUGUUGUAUGUAUGAGAUUUGUCCACACACUGGCUCUUCAAACAGGUCUUCCAUAUCUCAAGUCGAGAAAUUCCAUAUCAUACUAAACAUGGAGAAAGAAGAGAAGAAAUAUGUCAAUAAAGCAGAGGAAGAUGAGAUGGAGAUCUAUGGCUACGAUCUGUGUCGCUGGAAGUUGGUGCUAGUUGCUGUAGGAGUGAUCUGUUCUGGUGGCUUUCUCCUCCUCCUGCUCUACUGGAUGCCCCAGUGGCGUGUGAAAGCGACGUGCAAAAGGACUACGCUUAAAGACUGUGGGGUGGUUCUGCUGAGAACAACUGAUGAAUUCAAGAUAUGGUUUUGUGCAAAGGUUCGCAUUAUGCCUUCCUUGGGAGCCAAUCCUUUUCAGAAUCCUAACCCUAUCAUACACAAGGUUUCAAAUGGCCAUGCUGUUCAUUUCUCUGAAUCUGCAGAAGAGAAUAAAAACGAGUCGAAAAAAUAUUUGCCUGAUGAAUUCAAGAUAUGGUUUUGUGCAAAGGUUCGCAUUAUGCCUUCCUUGGGAGCCAAUCCUUUUCAGAAUCCUAACCCUAUCAUACACAAGGUUUCAAAUGGCCAUGCUGUUCAUUUCUCUGAAUCUGCAGAAGAGAAUAAAAACGAGUCGAAAAAAUAUUUGCCUAUUCGUUAUUUCACGCAUCACAGUGUGAAGUAUUUUUGGAAUGAUUCAGUUCAAAGUUUUGAUGUUGUACGAGGUCUUGAUGAAUCUACCUUCUGCUCUGCAAUUCAUAAUGAACACAGCACAGGACUCACCAAGGGAAUGCAUGAUUAUAGAAAAGCAUUCUAUGGAGUAAAUGAAAUUGCUGUGAAAGUGCCUUCCAUUUUUAAGCUUCUAGUUAAGGAGGUUCUCAACCCUUUUUACAUUUUCCAGUUGUUCAGUGUAAUAUUGUGGAUCACUGAUGAAUAUCACUACUAUGCAUUAGCAAUUGUGAUUAUGUCUGUAAUAUCCAUUGUUAGCUCACUCUACACCAUUAGAAAGCAAUAUGUUAUGUUACAUGACAUGGUAGCAGCUCACAGCAUUGUAAGGGUUUCUGUCUGCAGAGGAAACCAAGAAAUAGAAGAAAUCCUUUCCACUGACCUCGUGCCUGGAGAUACCAUGUUGAUUCCAUCCAAUGGGACAAUUAUGCCGUGUGACGCAGUACUGCUCAGUGGUACUUGCAUUGUAAAUGAAAGUAUGCUAACAGGUGAAAGUGUUCCUGUCACAAAGAUUAAUCUGCCAAAUCCUUCGGAAUAUCCAAAAGCGGUGGGAGAUGAGAUCUACAGUCCCGAAGUGCACAAGCGGCACACGCUGUUCUGUGGAACCAAUGUCAUUCAGACCCGGUUCUACACUGGAGAGCUGGUCAAAGCUCUGGUAGUGAGAACAGGCUUUAGUACUGCUAAAGGACAGCUUGUUCGUUCCAUACUGUAUCCAAAGCCAACUGAUUUUAAGCUCUACAGAGAUGCCUAUUUGUUUCUCCUGUCUCUGGUGGUGGUAGCAGGCGUUGGGUUUCUUUACACAAUUGUCCAUAGCAUCUUAAAUGAGGUUCCAGCUCGUACCAUCAUCAUCGAGUCUCUUGACAUUAUCACUAUCACGGUGCCUCCAGCACUCCCUGCUGCUAUGACUGCUGGCAUCGUUUAUGCACAAAGAAGGUUGAAAAAAAUUGGCAUCUUCUGCAUCAGCCCACAAAGGAUAAAUAUUUGUGGCCAGCUGAAUCUUGUGUGUUUUGAUAAGACUGGCACACUUACUGAGGAUGGCUUGGAUCUUUGGGGAAUUCAGCGAGUGGAAAAUGCUUGUUUCCUUUUGCCGGAAGAGACAGCUUGCAGUGAGAGCUUGCUGAAGUCAGAGUUUGUUGCUUGCAUGGCAACUUGUCAUUCCCUUACAAAAAUUGAAGGGGUGCUUUCUGGGGAUCCGCUUGAUUUGAAGAUGUUUGAAGCAAUAGGAUGGAUUUUAGAAGAAGCAACUGAAGAGGAAACAGCCCUUCAUAAUCAAAUCAUGCCAACAGUGGUUCGACCUUCAAAACAACUUUCUCCAGAAUCCAAGCAAGCAACAGAUCAAGAAAUGGAAUUAUUUGAGCUGUCGACUGGGUAUGAGAUUGGAAUCGUGCGCCAGUUUCCAUUUUCCUCAGUGUUGCAGCGCAUGUGUGUGAUAGCCAGGGUUCUGGGGGAAAAGAGAAUGGAUGCUUACAUGAAAGGUGCCCCAGAAGUGAUUGCCAGCUUGUGUAAGCAGGAAACAGUUCCUGUUGACUUUGAGCGUGUCCUGGAAGAAUACACUAAACAGGGCUUCCGAGUUAUUGCUCUUGCUCACAGAAAACUGGAGUCUAAGCUUACAUGGCACAAAGUGCAGACUAUUAGCAGAGAUGCUAUUGAAAGCAACAUGGAUUUUAUGGGGUUAAUUAUAAUGCAAAACAAGUUAAAGCAAGAAACCCCUUCUGUACUUGAAGAUUUGCAUAAAGCCAACAUUCGCACUGUCAUGGUUACAGGGGAUAAUAUGUUAACUGCUAUCUCUGUGGCCAGAGACUGUGGAAUGAUUCUACCUCAGGAUAAGGUCAUUAUUGCUGAAGCACUACCUCCAAAAGAUGGGCAGGCUGCCAGGAUCAACUGGCAUUAUGCAGAUACCCUCGCAAAAUGCACUAGUUCAUCACCAGCCAUAAACUCAGAGGAUAUUCCAGUUAAAUUGGUCCAUGAAAGCCUUGAGGAUCUCCAGAUGACAAAAUACCAUUUUGCAAUGAAUGGGAAGUCAUUUGCAGUGAUUUUGGAGCAUUUUCAGGACCUGGUACCCAAGCUCGUGCUACACGGCACUGUGUUUGCUCGCAUGGCACCUGAUCAGAAAACUCAGUUGGUGGAAGCUUUACAAAAUGUAGAUUACUAUGUGGGCAUGUGUGGAGAUGGAGCAAAUGACUGUGGGGCACUAAAGAGGGCACACGGUGGUAUAUCUCUGUCUGAACUUGAGGCUUCUGUGGCAUCACCAUUUACUUCCAGGACACCCAGUAUUUCCUGUGUGCCAAAGCUGAUCAGGGAAGGCCGUGCUGCUUUAAUAACUUCCUUCUGUGUGUUUAAAUUCAUGGCAUUAUACAGCAUCAUCCAGUACAUCACUGUUACUUUGCUGUAUUCUAUCCUGAGCAAUUUGGGAGAUUUCCAGUUUCUCUUCAUUGAUUUGGCAAUCAUUUUGGUGGUUGUCUUCACUAUGAGUCUGAACCCUGCUUGGACAGAGCUUGUUGCACGAAGGCCUCCAUCGGGUCUUAUCUCAGGUCCACUUCUGUGUUCCGUGUUGUCUCAGAUCAUCAUCUGCCUUGCUUUCCAAGCCUUGGGGUUCUUUUGGGUCAAGCAGCAGUCCUGGUAUGAGCCUUGGACAGCAGACUCUGAUGCAUGCAAUGGGUUGGAUGCCAAGAACACCAGCUCUGCACACCAUGGGAAUGAGACUAUUCAUGAUGAACAUUACAUAAAAAAUUAUGAAAACACAACUUUGUUUUUUAUAUCCAGCUUUCAGUACCUCAUAGUGGCAAUUGUCUUUUCUAAAGGAAAGCCCUUUAGACAACCAUGCUACAAAAAUUUUCUCUUCGUUUUAUCUGUUAUAGUUCUUUAUGUUUUCAUAUUUUUCAUCAUGUUGCAUCCUGUUGAGCCUAUUGAUGAAUUUCUUGAGCUUGUGUGCGUGCCACCUGAGUGGCGCCUGAGAAUUGUCAUCAUCGUUAUUCUAAAUGCAGUUGUAUCUGUGCUGACCGAGGAGGCUGGGGACCGCUGUGGAGUCUGUUUCCUUUCUUCCCUGUUUGGUUGUAGAGAGAAGACACCAAAAGCCAAGUAUAUGCACCUAGCUCAGGAACUGCUGGUUGAUCCAGAAUGGCCACCAAAACCCAGGACAACAACAGAAGCAAAAGUACCAUCAUCCCAAGAAAAUGGUUCAUAUCAAAUCAUCACUGUAACGUAGCAGUGGAUCUUGGUGGCAUGUA